GCAGAGGGAGGUGGGACAGAGAGAGGCUAACGCUUUUAUAAUGAUUUGAGGCGGCUGCCAGAAGAGGCAAAGCCUUUGCAGAACAGCCUCUCAUCAGCAGCCUGUCUGUUCUCUUCUAAGAUACUAGAGAGACAAUAUGACUAAUAGGAGCCCCUUGGUCUUCAUGUCUUUGGUGUGUGCACUCUUGAACAUGUGCCAGGCACAGGGGGUGCAUGACGACAAGCCUAAUAUUGUCCUGAUUAUGGCCGAUGACCUGGGUAUUGGAGAUCUGGGCUGCUACGGCAAUGACACCAUCAGGACUCCUCACAUCGACCGCCUUGCCAGGGAAGGAGUGCAGCUGACCCAGCACCUCUCGGCUGCCUCCCUCUGCAGCCCAAGCCGGUCCGCGUUUCUCACGGGAAGGUACCCCAUCCGAUCAGGUAUGGUUUCCAGUGGUAAUAAUACACGUGUCGUUAAGAGUCUUGCAGCCCCCUCAGGCCUCCCUCCAAAUGAGACAACAUUUGCAGCCUUGCUAAAGAAGCAAGGAUACAGCACGGCGCUUAUAGGCAAAUGGCAUCAAGGCCUGAACUGCGACUCCCGAAGUGACCACUGCCACCAUCCAUAUAAUUAUGGGUUCGACUACUACUAUGGCAUGCCAUUCACUCUCGCUGACGGCUGCUGGCCGGCCCCCUCUCGUGACAUGGAACUAGCCUUUGAGAGUCGGCUCUGGCUCUGCGUACAGCUGGUUGCCAUUGCUGUACUCACACUGACCUUUGGGAAACUGAGCGGCUGGGUCUCUGUUCCCUGGCUCCUGAUCUUCUCCAUGAUUCUCUUUAUUUUCCUCUUGGGCUAUGCUUGGCUCUCCAGCUUCACGACCCGUUUAUACUGGGACUGCCUCCUCAUGCGGGAGCACGAGAUCACAGAGCAGCCCAUGAAGGCUGAACGGGCUGGAUCCAUCAUGGUGAAGGAGGCGAUUUCCUUUUUAGAAAGGCACCGUGAGGGACCUUUCCUCCUCUUCUUCUCCUUUCUUCACGUGCACGUACCUCUCCCCACCACAGACGAUUUCAUUGGCACCAGCAAGCAUGGCUUAUAUGGGGACAAUGUGGAAGAAAUGGACUCCAUGGUGGGCAAGAUUCUUGAUGCUAUAGACGAGUUUGGCCUAAGGAACAACACCCUCGUCUACUUUACAUCUGACCACGGAGGGCAUUUGGAGGCUAGGCGAGGGCAUGCCCAACUUGGUGGAUGGAAUGGAAUAUACAAAGGUGGAAAAGGCAUGGGGGGCUGGGAAGGUGGAAUCCGCGUCCCAGGAAUUGUUCGAUGGCCUGGAAAGGUACCAGCUGGACAGUUGAUUAAGGAAGCUACAAGUUUAAUGGAUAUUUUACCAACUCUCGCAUCAGUAUCAGGAGGAAGUCCCCCUCAGGACAGGGUCAUUGACGGCAGAGACCUCAUGCCCUUGCUGCAGGGCAACAUCACGCACUCGGAACAUGAGUUUCUGUUUCACUACUGCGGCUCCUACCUGCAUGCUGUGAGGUGGAUCCCCAAGGACGACAGUGGCGCAGUUUGGAAGGUUCACUACGUGACCCCGAUAUUCCAGCCACCAUCUUCCGGUGCCUGCUAUGUCACCUUAUUAUGCGGAUGUUUCGGAGAACUGGUUACCUAUCACAACCCCCCUCUGCUCUUCGAUCUCUCCAGGGACCCCACGGAGUCCACACCCCUGACGCCUGACACAGAGCCCCUCCACGAUUUUGUGAUUGAAAAGGUGGCCGGCGCUCUGAAGAAACACCAGGAAAGCAUCGUGCCCGUGAUCCACCAGCUCGGGGAACUGAAUCACGACCGGAUAUGGCUGACUCCUUGCUGCGGGGUGUUCCCAUUCUGUCUGUGUGACAAGGAAGGAGAAGAGAUAGCUACAAUCAGGUGACCAAAGCUCAAACACUUUGGUGCUUUCAAGUUUGCAGGGAGUGCAUUUAAGAGCCAAUAAAUUCCUCUACCACUCAGGAUGA